GGUCUCUGCGUUCUGAGUUCCGUUUACCGUGCACUUCCUUCAGCUGAGUCCUGUUCCCUUGGUCCAGAUUGACGCGUAGUGAAAUAUUAUACAUUUUAAACGUCACGUAUAUCGCGUGGCAAAACACGAUGCAACAAAUGAAACGUCUGUUAGAUGUAUAUGUGCUGCUGCAUGCCCUGUUUGCGUUGUCAUGGUGUUUUUCCGACGCGGAGCCGGGGCCUGUAGCAGGUUCUCAGUCAAAUGGAGACCGUUUCAAAAUCGAAGGACGAGCGAUCGUUCCCGGAGUGAAGACACAAGACUGGAUCUCCACAGCCAGAAUCCUUGUGGAAGGAGAGGAAUAUGUUGGUUUUAUCAAGACUGAUGGGAGCUUUGCUGUCAACGAUGUGCCGUCCGGCUCAUAUGUGGUUGAAAUCGUAUCACCAUCUUUCAGAUUUGAUCCUGUUCGGGUGGACAUUACCUCUAAGGGGAAAAUGAGGGCACGCUUGGUAAAUUACAUCAAAACCUCUGAGGUUAUUCGACAGCCGUACCCUCUUCAGAUCAGAUCCAGUGGUCCUCACACAUACUUCAUGAAGCGGGAAACCUGGGGCUGGACUGAUUUUCUGAUGAACCCAAUGGUCAUGAUGAUGGUUCUUCCUUUAUUAAUCAUCGUCCUGCUCCCAAAGGUGGUAAAUACAAAUGAUCCUGAGAUGAGAAAGGAAAUGGAGCAAUCUAUGAAUAUGUUGAACCCUAAUCCAGAAUUGCCAGAUGUUUCUGAAUUCAUGACUAAAUUGUUUUCCAAAGGCUCGAGUAAGUCUAGCGGAGGCACUAAAAGCAGCAGAAGUGUUGCUCCGAAGAGGAGGUAGUGCUGUGUAUUUUGUCGGAUUUCUUUAACACUGUUUUACUUGGUUUCCUCUUUUAUAUAAAUAUGAACAAUUUCUUUUUCAAUCGAAAUGCUUGAUGAAACAAGACUGUGUUUGCACUGUACUACUUUUCCAUGCUUAAUUGUCUUCUUUGGAUGCGUUAUUAAUAAUUAGAUAAUUUUAGUCAUUGUAAUAUUCUGAAAACUAUACAUAAAAUUGAGUAAUGGAUAAAAUCAAUACAGAUUGAGCAAGGCAUGAAUGGCUUUUUUUUUUUCUUCUUCUUUCUUUCUUUCUUUUCUUUUUUUUUUUUUUUUUUAAUAGAGCUAAAAUUUAUUUGUAUGUUUUAACUUUUAAAAGUAGAAUGAGUGAGAAAGUCUGGUCAAGAUUCCUGUUCCAAGAGGAGAUGGUUACAGAGUUUUUCCUAAAACAUUUCAAUAUCAUGUAAAGCAAUUAACAUAAUGAUAGUAGACUAUACUUUUACUGCUGCUGCGCAAAACACCACACAGAUAUGAUUCCUUCACAGAAUUGAGGUCAAUGCAGUUUCACCUCAUUUAUGACUGGAAUGAAAGUGAGAUUUAAAUCUUUAAGUAAAAUUUAACAUGAUGUUGAUCGGUUGUUGGGUGCUUUGGGUUGAUCCUGUAUUGCAUAUUAAAUGUAUAGAUAUUUCAAAAGCACACUUUAGUUAAAGGGUGAAGGUAGACUUCAAACUAUGAGGGUCCGGUCUUUGCAGUGAUAUUUCCAGACUAACCCAAGGAGGUGAUGUUGACCCCAAUUCUGUUUCAUAACUACUUGAAAUAAAGCUUUUAGGUUAUAUUUACUAUAUCUUGUUGGGUUUGUACAAGACUGUGAAUGAAGAUGAGAAAUACGUAAGAUUUAAGCUAUGAAGUAUAAUCUUAUUUAAACUGAAUGGAAAUAAACUGGUGGAAUAUA